GAACUUUAACACAUUAUAGUUUGGUGUGACAUAGCAGUAGAACUGCGAUAUUUAUGAUGAUAACUGUGAUCAGUCGGGUGCAGCACGGUAAAAAAAAACUCCGGUACCGGUAUCCCACCAAAGCCUGCAGGCGCUUUGAGCUCUUCUGAGUUGAGUUGAUAUUGGUAGUGGCGGUAGAUUUGCAAAGGGAAAAAAACGAAAAACAAGACUCAGUACUUGUGCGAUCUGUGCCCUGGACUGGUUUAGACUAGUGUGUGGGAUGAGCAUUCACUCUCCCAUAGUCUAAUAGCGGAGGGGUAAAGGGACGGCACAAACGAUUUUUCAUGCCUACGGCAGUCUACCGCUCUCGCCCUUCCUUUAGAGGACAAGGCAUCGUACCGUUGGAGAAAAUGCAGAAGCCCGUUGCAAACCGAGACUCGACUGGUUCGAUCCUGUGCUUGGCAGUUGGUCCACCAGUACCAGUAUAGCGUUUAUUGCGCGUAAGGAACAGGUGAGUGUAUAAUGGAACUACCGGUACUCAUACAUGAAUGAAGGGAGGUGGAAGGGGUAAGGAGGGAAUAAUUAUAAAAUUUGCAGCUGGUUAGACCAUACAAGUGGGAGGUUGGAGAUUGAGCUGUUGUUAGGUGAGUGCUUAGAUAACUGGGGUCCAGACCGAUGUCUUCUGCCCUGUUCUCCUUUUGUUCAUUACAGUACGGUUGCGGGCACAUUACCCUAUCAUAACUCCGGAUACAAUUGCACUUUCUCGCCUUUUAAGUUACUGCUACCAUAGUGCACGGAGUAUCCCGCAUCGUCAUCGUCUGGUUAUUUUUUCCUUACCCUUUUUCCUUCUGCGUUCUUCCCUCAGGACAAACAAACAAACGACCCCCGGAAAUAUAAAUAAGGGAAUAAAAAUGGAGUCUUUUUCAAAGAAGAAAGUCAUUGUGGUAGGGGCAGGACCAGUGGGGGCUCUCAGUGCGUUGUACUUUUCGCAUGCCGGAUGGGAAGUAGAGGUUUAUGAGCUUCGGGGUGGUUUGUUCUUCUCCCUGUUCCUGAAUUUCUAGUUCGUUGGGUUGGCUGGCUAAUGGAUGGGUGGAUUGGGCAGAUCUCCGCCUCCCGGAAAACCUUUCCUUGAACUUCAGCAAGAGCAUCAAUCUCGCACUGUCCGAGCGUGGAAUCAAUGGCCUGCGGAAUUUGGGUGAUGGGGGGAAACUCCUCGAUGAAGUGCUGGCCGAGACGAUACCAAUGUACGGCCGCAUGAUACAUACUGGGGUUCCUGGUGAGAAGGGUGAGAGUCAGAAGUAUGAUGUCCAUGGAAGGGUUUGUCUUGUCCGUCGUCUUCUGUGAGCUGGGGUUGUGGUACUGGGAGCUAAUGGGGGUGAGCGUUUGCAGUUUAUUCGUUCAGCGGACCGGGGGAGACUUAAUGUCCAGCUUCUGGACGCUUUGGCGUUGAAGGAUGUUAAGCUGUUUUUCUACCAUGGGUUGAGGGGGCUUAAUCUCGAUGCUAAUAUGGCGGAGUUUGAGAAGAUGUUUGCCUCGCUCUAGCUGCUACUUGUAACUUGUGAUUGGAUAGCUGACUUGUGAGCAGUGGGACUGGGGAGAGAGUUACGGUCCGAGCAGAUUUGAUUAUUGGAGCGGAUGGGGCUCAUUCUGCUACUCGAAGGUUGCUGCAGAAGAGUGUUCGGUGAGUUUGGGUUUGAUUAUGGUAGUCGUUCAGUGCUUAUUGUGGCAGUAUGUAUUAUGAGCAGGUCUAUAUCGAGACGCUAUGGCAGGAAUACGAGAUUCCGCCGGAUGAGGAGACUGGUGACUUUAAGAUUGAUGCGAAUCAUUUGCAUAUCUGGCCGAAGAAGGACUUUAUGUUUAUUGCUAUUCCUAGCAUUGUGUGCUCACCUCCUCCAAUAUGGGGCCAUGUAUGGAGGCUAAUUUUUUUAGGAUAAAACCUUCACUUGUACAUUGUUUAUGGAACAAUGGAGAUUUGACACUAUCGGGGAAAGCAGAGAGGAUCUGCUCAGCUUCUUUAGGGAGAACUUUGAGGAAGUGGUCGAUCUUGUGGGAGAGGAUAGCUUAGUGGAGCAGUAUCUGAACCACCAAAAGCUUCCGUUGAUCAGUAUUAAGGUGAGAUACCCUUCCUCUCACUUACCAAAGGCUAAGCUAACUCCCACAGUGCCGGCCGUAUCACUACAAAGAUCGCUGCGUAAUAGUUGGUGAUGCCGCCCACGCAAUGGUCCCCUUCUACGGCCAGGGCAUGAACGCAGGCUUCGAAGACGUGAGCGUGCUCUUUGAGCACAUCAAAGCACACCCGAACUCCCUGGCCUAUGCCCUAGCAUCGUACUCGGCGUACAGGAUGCCGGAUGGACACAUGAUUAACGAACUUGCGAUGCAAAACCACAUCGAGAUGCGUGCAACCGUCACUUCGAAAGCCUACCUACUCAGAAAAGCCAUUGAGGAGGCGCUGUAUGCAUAUGUGCCCUGGUUGGGCGUUAGGACGAUGUACAGCAUGGUUAGCUUCUCAAACAUUAGGUACACGGAAGUGGUCAAUAGGACGAGGCGGCAGAGAAAGUGGCUGAAUGCUGCUGCCAUGGCCCUGCUGGUUGGAGGCAUUAUGGGUGGUUUGUGGGGGGUUAAUAGACUCGGGUUGAGGAAGAUGGGUUGGCUGCGGAUGGUCAAGGGGUGGUUUAGGUAGAUUUACUUGGGCGUGCGGGAUGAAGAUUUAGUUGGUUCGGGAUCGUUCCCACCGCUUUUGAUCUUUUCUGCUUCCUUGAAUCUGCGUUAGAUAGCCGUGAUGGGGCUACCAAUAGAUUGGCAGUUGAUAGAUGACUAUUGCGGGUUUACGCAGGUGUUUUGCUUUUUGCCCCUUUCUGAUUACUUCUCAUAAUAUUGUUCGAGAAAUUAUGGGGGGUGGGGUGGGAAGGGACAGUACGAAUUGAGUGAUCGCUUAUGUCGCGAGUGAACUACGGUAGACAUUGUAGUACGGACGCGAUGCCCUGAACGUAGUUAUCGCAAGUCACAAAUAUCACAGUAUGAUACGGUACUCCUGUGUUUUGUACUUGACAAU